AAUAAAAAAAUUAAAAAAAUAAAAACAUAAAAAAAAAUCGUUAUGCCAUAGCCAAAAUUAAAAUAUCCCAUAGGGUGUUGAUAAAGAACAGAUGAGUGGUCACUGUAGUUUGCUUUUCUUCUACUUGGUAUUUACCUCGUUAGUCAAAAUUGCUGAAUUUUUUCAAAAUAUUAUUUGAAUUAUGUUGGUAGCGUUUUUAUAUUGAAGCUUUAGAGAAACUUCCUUUACAGUAAAUAAAUGUGUGAGUUUAGUUGUCUCUUUUUGAAGGAGGAAAAGACUAACAUUUAAUGGACAGGGGUAGGCAGUAUUCUUGGUACUUUCAUGUAUGUUAUUUAAUUUAAUCCACAUGCCAGUUCUGUGAAAUAGGUAUAUUACGUCCACUUUCUAGAGGAGGAGACUGAGGUUUGCACGCUUAAGUAACUUGCCUAAGGUUACACAGUGAACCAGGAUCUGAACCCAGGUCUUUGUGCUACCAGGGUCCACAGAACCACUAGAUUAUACCGGGAGGCAGUCUAGGACAGGAUAAGAUAGUGUAAGAGCAUGGGCCCUAGAGCCAGCUGCCGUGUUCAGAUUCUAACUUGCACAUGUUCGCUGGGUGACCUUACUUAACUUACUUACCCUCUCUGCACCUCAGUUUCCUCAUCUGCAAAGUGGAAAUAAUAAUACCCACCUCAUAAAGUUGUGAGAUGAAAUUAGAUAAUGUAUUUAAAAAACACUUAUGGCACAUAGUAAGUAGUCAAUAAAUGUUAGUUGCUGUUACAAAGGUAUUUCAAAUAACUUCUCUGGGGUUAGCUCAGUUGAUAAUAGAGGCUUGUGUUGGCUGACCUUAUACAUAACCCAGCACUGUCCACCACCACAAUUUGGAGAAAAGGAACUUAAUGUAUGUCUUGUUUUAGUUGAAUAUUUAAGGCGUUAUUUUUGUAUAAAAUAUGCUAGAUCCCUCUUUUAUUGUGGAACCUACUCUUUAUAUUCCCGUCUUGAUUUUCCAUAAUGGAGACAUCAGUACAACGCUUAACAGUGUGUGUGAGUUGGGCUUCUCUGGGACUUGAAGGCAAAGGAAGCUAGCUGUUGGCACCGAGCCCACAGGGAUUUAAAAAUCCCCUCCCGUUUUAUCCUCCAGGGCCGGCCCCAGUGCUCUGAAGCAGAGCUGUUCUUGUCCUGUUGGAACUCAGCAGGUGCCUGAGGGUCAGACUCUAAGUUAAUUAUUAAUAACAGGGGACCUUUCAAUGGUGAUUUAUUGGUCAGAGAGCUUUUCACACGCAUUAUUUCCAUUUAUUUGGGUAGUAGUCCACAAGUUUUCAAAUGUGUAUGAAUCUAAUGACGUGCUUGUUAAAACUGCCGAUUCCCAGGCUCUAAUGUACAGGAUCUGAUUGAGUAGAUCUGGACGUGGGCCUGGGACUCUGCAUUGUCAUAAUCGUUUGAGAAAACGUUGGAAAAGAUGGAGUGUUUUCAUUCUUCUGUAAGCUGUCGCCAUGACCCUGACGAAAGGUUCCUUCACCUACUCCAGUGGGGAGGAAUAUCGUGGCGAGUGGAAGGAGGGCCGCAGACAUGGUUUUGGUCAACUGAUGUUUGCAGAUGGUGGCACAUACCUGGGUCAUUUUGAGAAUGGGCUCUUUAAUGGCUUUGGGGUACUGACCUUCUCAGAUGGCUCAAGGUAUGAGGGCGAGUUUGCCCAGGGCAAGUUUAAUGGUGUUGGAGUCUUCAUUCGACACGACAACAUGACCUUUGAGGGGGAAUUUAAAAAUGGCAGAGUCGAUGGUUUUGGCCUGCUGACCUUCCCUGAUGGUUCUCAUGGAGUACCCCGCAACGAAGGUCUGUUUGAGAACAACAAGCUGCUGCGGCGUGAGAAGUGUUCAGCGGUCGUCCAGCGGGCCCAGAGCGCCUCCAAGUCCGCCAGGAACCUCACUGCCUGACGCGUCAGCGUGCACAGCUGACGGGUAUUGGGUAGAGCAAAUGCCCUGUUAUUCACUGGAGGUGAACAAGCGCCCCAGAUGUGAGAGGAGGUGAGAAUGACCACAGAGCAGAAGCCCUGUGAUGUGCCCGUCGCCUGCCCGUCAGGGGUUCGGUCACAGAGAAGUUCUGCUGGUUCUGGCCCAGGCCCUGCACUUGUUUCCAGCUGUCUUUCCUUUCUCUCACUCAUUGGUACAGACUCUGUCCCUCACACCUCGGAUACCCAGGGCAGACCUGCUGCCGCCUUCUACUUCUUUCCUGCCAAGUGAUGCGGAAGCUCUUCAUUCUGCCUAUAUUUGGGACAGAUGAUGCUAACCCCAAAUUAGGGUGAGUGCUUUGUGCUACCCUGGAGAAUUAAGGAGACAGAUGGGGGUGGCUUACACAGUAUGGCAGUCUGUGAGAGUCAAGGCUAGAGCUUUUCUGUGUGUUAGCCCCUCAUUCACUGCUGGUCGGCAUCAUGGCUGCAGGCCUGCUGCUUUGUCUGACCAGACUGGGGUUCGUGUCUUCCUUCCUGUCCCUGUGAAGGAUUCCCUAAGAGUGCUGUUUCCCUCUCCUUGACUUCACAGGCUGUCUUCCUUACCUGAGUUUCAGCAGAUAAUUUGUGCCCCAGUUGUGCCUCUCUCCUUCCUUAGACAUGGGACAAGAUCCCUUUUUGGGCUAGUCAAGAAAGAAACUGAUGUAAACAGUCGUCUUAUAACUUGUAUUUAUUCCUCACUCCAGGGCAAAAGGCAGGCAUCUCUGGGCUAUUUCAGACCCUGUCAUGGAGUAAACUUAGGGAUGGCUUAGGCUGACUCAGCUCCUUCCCCGUGGACUAGUAGGUCAGACCCACCUCCAUCCCUUGGGGUUUAGAUAGACUUGGACCCAUCCUAGGACUGCGGUGAACUAAAAGCAUUUGGCGCACUGUAACUCUUCCACUAGGAGCUUUGGCUGUCAGGCCUGGGGGUCAGCCCUUGACUGAUAGGACCCCUGCACAGUUCAUCACAGGGGCCUCCAGUUACCCUGUGACCCAAACACACCCCUCCCCCCAGCCCCUUAUCCUCACACUGUCUCCUCAACAGCAGAUUGUGGUGGAAAUCAUAGGCGUGUGCCUCUGUUUAUUCUCUGAAUUGUACUGUAGAAACAAGUGUUUAUGAGGAAUAAACAAAUCACCAGAUCUGCCGCUA